CGUCCGUUGGCAGUUUGGUCGCCGGUCACUCGGCGGAAAACACGGAACCACUGAAGCUGAUUUCCGACGGACCGAACCAGGCAUUUAAACCGGCCGAAACUACGUUUCAGCGGCGUCCGAAACUGCGUUCAACGGCCGUACCCACACUUCCACCGCGAGCCGAUAGAUAGCCGGGUAGACAGACGAGAUAAGAUUUCGGGGGAAAGAGGAGGAGAAACCGGAGCGGGGAGGAGGUGGAGAGAACCGAGACAGGAGGAGGACGGACGGACCGGAGGGGAAGGAGAGGAGGCUGGAGAGAAAAGAGAAAAGGGAGGAUUUUUUUUGGCUGGAGUUUGGUGUGGCUUUUGGUCUCCUCUCCUUCUUCCGAUCGCCCUCUCUUCUCCGGCCCUUCCUCUGUCUGCCUCUUCUGGAGUAUUUAUGUCUGAUUUUAGGAGGCUUUAAAUGUUGAACUUGAUGGGUGUUUUAAACGCCACCGCCGCCAAUGUCUCCUGUACUUGUAACUGCAAGCGCUACACCUCCCUCCAGAGCAUGGAAAUCACCCAGCUGGAGUUCGUCCAGAUCCUGGUGAUCGUGGUGGUGAUGAUGGUGAUGGUGGUGGUCAUCACCUGUCUGCUGAACCACUACCGCCUGUCAGCACGCUCCCUCCUCUCCAGGCACGCCCCCACACGCAGGAGACACCUGCCACUGGCCAACGAGGGAGGUCUGUGGUCCUCUGAGGGUACGGGGACAAACAGUGGACUGAAUGAGCACCAGGUGUACAACCCGCGCCCUCCGGACCGAGGGGUCCACUCAUCCUACCUUCAGCGGGAGCUUCAGCACGCCCAGUCCCAGUCCCAGCCUCCUCUCCAGUCUCAGCGCUUCCAGCACACAUAUGCCCCGAGUCGCUUCCAGCCAACGUACCCGUACCUGCCCCAGAGCCUCAUCGAUCUUCCACCCACCAUCUCCCUCUCAGACGGGGAAGAGCCCCCGCCCUACCAGGGCCCCUGCACCCUGCAGCUCCGAGAUCCGGAGCAACAGAUGGAGCUGAACCGGGAGUCGGUCAGAGCACCGCCCAACAGAACAGUGUUCGACUCCCACCUGCUGGACCCAUCCAACUCCUGUCUGCAGGCCAGUCUGCAGGCCCCUCCUCCAAGUGUCCAUUCAGGCAUCAGCGUGUUAGAAGCCCAGGAGGCCUUGUCCCGGCAGCAGAAGCAGGGCCCUCGAGUAGAAGGAGCUCCCCCGGCUUACAGUGAGGUGAUCGGGCACUACUACCACCCGACGUCCUUGAAUUCCAGCCACAACCAUCGGAUUGUAUCAUCCUCACAGGCACCCCCGUCCUCGCUCAUACACGGUCUGCUCCGACCUCCACCUCAGCAGCAAGGAAGUGUGGACAACAGGAAUGCAAGGAAUGCAAGGAAUACAAAGGAGAAAUCCCAGAAGCCCCAGCAGGUGUGACAGUACUGCUUCCUCUUUCCUAGCCCGCAGGAAAACCAGGAUUAUGUCUCGCCACUUGGGAAACGGUCAGUAUCUAACAAAGAACAACCUGGUCAAUGGUAAAAUCCACUCUGAAUGGUCUAAGGGCUGGUUAGUUGUAGUUUUAGCUGACACAGUUUCCCCUCUUCAUGGAUCGGGCUAGGACUGGGAAGCAGCGGCACACAACGGCUUCUCGUUAGGUAAGAACACCUGGAAACUACAUCACUCCUGCAGAGCACAGUCGCGGGAGAACAUCUGGUACUUCCUGUUCAGCAGCUUCCUACUUCCUUUCUAAGGAGCACUUCAGAUGUACCGAUGAUGAUGUCAGAGAGGGAGGUCAAAGGGUGUAGAGGGAAAAGGCGGAUACAGAAGCCUCCUUCUUCCCUGAACCAGUCCACCUCAUGCCUCCUCGAUCAGACUGAUCAAACUAGUCUUCAUUCAUUAUAAAUAUUUACUUGUUUUGUUUGUUUCUAUAGAACUUUUCGUUUGUUUGUCUAUUUCACGCUUACAAGAAAAUUUCUAUCCAAUCAAAUGGCAAAAUGUGGCAGUCUUCUUGGUUCUUCCAGGUUUUAGGAUUUUUUUUUAAAUGUUUUCUAGUGAUAAUCCCCCCUCGCUGCUUUGACUUUAGUUCUGUUCCAGACUGCACAGUCCAACAUUGGCAGCGACUCCUGCCCCAGGCUUUAGCUGUAUCACUGAGACAUGUUAGCACACAAGAAUAUUUCCAGAAAGAGUUUAGAUGUAGUCAGUGGUAUCUUAAACUAGCUUACCAGUUGUAGCACAGUGCUAGAGGUCCUCCAGCUAAACGUUCUGCCUUAUAUCGACCAACCGGUGCAGGAGUUGUCGCUUAAAUCCUUUUUUUUAAUUUUGUUUUCUGAAGAAGGUUUGCACAAAGUACAAGACUGUUCACCCCAGAAAAAGAAAAAAAUCUGCAAUAUGAUUGAUGAGAGAGAAAAUAGAGAAAGUAGGGGUAUUUUUCUAAACUAGAUGGAUUCUUAUCGGUAAAGACGUUUUUUUUUCUGUUUGUUUUUAUAUGUUGUGUAGUUUUAGAAAAAGAAACAAACAUCUGUAAUCUGUUGGGGUGCCAACUUUCACGUUGAACAUUUUGCUACAUACAUGUGGGCAUGUAUAUACAUUACAAAUGGAGUAUAUAUACACAUGUAUGCAAACCGAGAGCGAACUUAAAAGCACGAAUUUAGAGUUAUUUAUAUAAUUGCUGAAAAGAAUUGCACUAUUUUUUAGUAUGCGCAGAUGGACCGUGUGAGAGAGACUUUUAUUGUGAAGGAGCUCUGUCUAUUGAGGCAUAAACACAAAGAGAGAGUCCAGAAACCACGAGGGACGUACAGAGUCGGACCAGAUCAGUGCACAGCAGCCAGUAUCACGAGAACAUAUCAUGGGGAGAUUCUGACUUUGGGCCAAGUCCAUUGGACCAUUACUGUACCAUUGAUGUAUUCAAAAAAAAAACAACAAAAAAAACAAAACCCUGGUUUAUGCAAAUGUCCGGGUCCUGCGAUCAAACCACAAGUCAGCAUCCAACCUGUGGGCCCAAUCAGAAACGCUGUUCGUAGCCCUCUCUCUCUCUCUCUCUCUCUCUCUCUCUCUCUUUCAUCCUAUUGGCCGAAUCGUUAGCCAAUCCCAAAGCAGGCUGUCACUACCUCGACCAAACAAGUCAAGCACAUACGAGCUCGCUCACGUUAAUCAGACUCUGUCACAUCGAACAAAUGUCUGAACCAAUCAAGACGAUGUGUAAUGUAACAGUAGAAGAGAGAGAAGCGGAGCAGGACGCAGAGGGUUUAGUUUUUUUAUUCUGCUGUGCGUUAUUUUGUCUGAAUGUCGGAGAUUUUGUUCACUGGGUGAGAAGAGAGCGGGAACGAUGCAGACCCAGUGACACCUAACAUCCCCUUUGUAGUGCACUACUCAGGAAGGAAGCCAGGUCGCCCUACAGGCCCUAAAUGUGUGAUGCGCUGACUGUGCACUGCUCUGGCCGCACGAGACCACCAUUUCCGGUCACACACCCGCAGUUUCUUUUAAAGUUGAAUCUCUCCUGCCUUUUCAGCGCACAUGCAGUGCCCUCUGGUGAGUUCCUCUGUCUUGCAGGCAUCUCUGAGCACUUUACCGCACCAGGAAAGAGACAACAAUCCUCUGUCAGCCAGCGUCGGCCAGGAUAAAACUUUAAAACUACAGGCGAACCGUUACAUUUUCUAGAUUAAACCCUCCGACCUGUUAGAGCCACACUUUUAAAAGAUGCAAAGACUUGUGCUCCAAAACUUAAGACUUCCUACUGGUGGAAAACAAAAACACAACCUCACAACCUGGAUUUUUUUUAUUUAUCAUUCUGAAGUCUGUACGAUCUGUAAUAGUUAUGACUGGGUCUGGGUACUGUUUGAAGUUUUUCAGUACUCCUUCCAGUAAGACGCCCGAGUUUAAGCAGCAGUGCUGAUAUUUUUGACACUUUGCUUUGAGAAAUAUAGAUGCGUUUUUCUACGAAACCCUUCUUUUCAUUUCUGCAGUGUUAAAUGUUUUUUUUAUAAAGAAGCAAAAUACGGAGGAAUCGGGAACUAUCUGAUCAGAGAAUAAGCAAACGGGAUCACGGCUGUAACCAGACGCCAACUUUUGACAGUUGACGAUGCUCGGUCAGCAACAAAAGAGUAAUGAGGUUCGAUUCCUGGUCCUCGUAAUGACUCACUCUUUGAAAGAUUGACUGACCUUGUGUCCUUUCAAAAAUAAUUUGGUCUAUUUAUAUUUUUUUACCUCUCCUUCCCACGUUGUCCGUUUCAGUUUUGGAACAGAACUCCUUGUGUUGAAUGCAGCACAAGACGGGUCGGCGCAAACUAGACACGCUGAAGUGUUGAAAAGUGACACGAGUGUUAAUAGCAACUCGUCUUGUGUCAUCUCUUUAAGAGUGUGGAAAUAAAGGUAAGGUAAGGUAAAGGUAACGCUUAUAGUAGCUCACGGACGUAGAUGAUUAGGGUAUGCAGACGUUUGCAGUUUUUUUUUGUCCUUUAAGUCGCUGCUUGUAUGAAAAGUGUUCGCUGUGACCGACGCUCUUUCAACCCUGUGGUCCGACCAGUUCCAGUCUUUAUGCAACAGCGCCCUUCACAGAGAACGAACCAAACCGCAUCCGAAACUCCUGAGGCGUAACGUUGUAGCCUGAGGAGAGGAGAGAGUUAAAGGCCAAAAAAAAAGAUGUAUUUUAUAAUCUGAUGUGGUGAAUUUUUAAUUCCUUUGUCUUCUCUUUCCUUUUUGAAAUCACAGGUGUCUGUGGCUGUAUGUACAGACUAUCAAGUGUCUGCGUUACCAUUACGGUGCAGUCACAGAGCUAAGCAUCAGUUAUUCAAGACAAUAAGUCCCUUGUGAUCUUUGGAAAUCCCAGGUGGUUGUUAAUCAACACUCACUGCUAUUUUGAAGGUAUUUGCAGAAUCCCCAGACUCCUCUACACAUUCAGACAAAAAAAUAUAUAAUUGCUGCAUAAUAAAAGAUAUUUUUAACACGUUUUGCAUAGUUGGGACUCCGUAUCCUGUGAGGAAACAUACAUACGGGAACAGUGUAAACAUACUUAAGAUGUAUAUAUUAACACAACAAUUGCACACUUUUAUUUUUCUUGUGGUGUAAUAAAAAACAAGCGAGGGCAUAUUUCUGAUUACCUGGUUUAGGAAAAAGAGUCACAACUGGGGAGAAAAUCUUUUUUAUUAUACACCUGCUGGAAUAUUGUUUUUUAUCCAGACGUGUAGGGAGUCUUUGAGGAUGCUGUAGAUACCUUCAGAACAGCUGUAAGUGUUAGUAAAAGGCUGUCAUGGUUGUACCCAUUGGUACAGAUCUGAUGUUGCCAUGUCUGUCCAAACAAGAAAUUAGUUAUGGCCUUUUUUUCUAUUUAAAGAGACUUGGGUGUAUUUUCAGUUUAAAAUUCCUGCAACUAGGAGAUGUAGUUUUCUGUGGUUUUGUUGCAUCCUGCCUUUAACUCCUGUGAUGCGAAGAAGGACAAAAAGUUAAGACAAACAAUCAAAAGCCAUUUCUUUGAGAUUCACCUUCCCUCCGUCUCGUUUACUGUCUCUCUUUCGCCUUUGUUCCUGUGCUGCACUGCCAUUGUUGGCAUUUUGUAUUUAAUGACGAACACUUGAAGGAAAAAAAAAAAAAAAAAUCAUGCUAUAAAGACAUUAAUCUCUUGACCCAAAGGAGCGAUGAUUGGAUCAAU